GUUUUUUAUAAGUUCAAGAUCAUGUCAGAUCCAUUUCACCUUCAAACUUCAGAAUAUGGAGAUCUAUACCCAAUCACAACAAACGGAGCUGAUGCUUUCUCACUCCAAACCAACAAAGACGAUCCAAUACUCCAAACUAACGAAGACGAUCUUCUUCCGCUUGAAGCCGACGGAGAUUUGCAAGGUGUCUUGGACGCACUAAUUGAACUUCACCAACUCGAUUCCGAAGAAACUCACGCUGAACGUUUCCAAAAGGACUACGAUAGCAUUACCCAUGCCCUCAGUCUCAAUAAAACCAUGCAAAAAAAAGUUCAAGAAAAUAUUGAAUUCAUAGACAAACUCCUUGCUAAAAAUGACACGGCCAUUGUGCAUAUAAGACAAACCGCUAAUGCCGAAAGCAGGUUCGGUCAAAGACUUUUUAUUCAUAGACCUUACGAUGACGAAAUCAAUUACUUUGACGAAUCCGACUUGAUUCCAAAGACUCCUGUCACUUCACCUCCAGAACAAGAAGAAGAAGACGUGGAAGACGAAGACGAAGAAGACGAGUACGAGGAAACAGCUGCAGAAGAAGAGGAGGAAGACGACGACGACGAGAAUGAAGCCGAUUGUGAAAUGAGACAAACUAAAAAAGCAUGGUCAAGAGCGGAAAGAUUACGAUUGAUCAGUGGAAUUCAUUCAGAGGCAAGACGAACCAUUGCCUACGAUUUUGUCAAGAACAAUGAAGAUUGGCGUGUCUGGGAAGUAGAUAAGAUUCCUAAUCAGGAACUAGAGGUCUUUCCUGUCGACCGCCUUGACUGGGAUCGAAUUAGUAAAAUUCAUGUAUUGACAAGAACUAAAAUCGAAUCCUUAAUUCAAUGGACCACCCAAGAACAUCCAAUCAUCAACAAAAAGCCGUGGUCUAAACAAGAAUCUGAACGCCUGGCACAACUUGUGGAGGAAAUCGGUUUGAACGGUCAAUGGGAACGUAUCGCUAGAGAAUUGAACACAAAUCGUACGAUCUCUCAGUGUUUUUCUCAUUACAUGGCUGCUAAACACCACGAGUCUACCAAGUCCCUGAAAUGGACUGAAGAAGAUGACACUAAAUUAGGUGCUGCCAUCAAAACUUACGGCGACUGUAAUUGGCAAUUAAUCGCCUCCGUUAUGGAAGGCAGAACAGGUCAACAGUGUUUACAAAGAUGGACCAAAUCUAUCAAUCCAGCCAUCAAUCGCUCAAAAUGGACCACGGAGGAAUCAGAGAUUUUGGAACGUGCAGUACAACUUUACGGCCAAGGAAAUUGGACAAAAAUACAGCGUUUAUUACCCGGAAGAACAGACAUGCAGUGUCGUGAGCGUUAUUGUAAUAUCAUGACACCUGCUUUAGUGAGGACUAAGCUUACAGAUGAUGAGAUGAAACAAUUGGUGUCUUUGGUAGAAGAGAUCGGUCCAAAAUGGUCACAGAUUGCCGGCUUCUUUCCAGGACGUACUGAUAAUCAUAUGCUGAGAGCGUAUGCCACACAUGUCAAGGCGAUACAAAGGGAGAAAGAUAGAGAGGAAAGGAUUCGUGUUAAAGAAGAAAAGAAAAAAGAAGCCGCUGAAGCCAAAGCAAAGAAGCGAUUAGCAAAGGAAGCAUGGAUGGAACGUAAAGCUCAAAGGAGGAGGGAGAGAAAUUUAAGGAGGGAAGAAGCCGUUUCUAAACCAAGGCAAAAACGAGGUAGGAAACCAAAGUCAGCGGCCUCACCGGGAGAUCCAGAAUCAAGACGGAAAAGAGGAAGACCCAGACUAUCAAAAAAGCCAGCCUUUCUCGAUGAGGAUGAUGUAUAUACCACUGAAGAAGAAGAGGAGGAAGUGAUACUUAGUAACAACGAAGAGGAAGAAGUGAUACAUAAUAGUGAAGACAAUGAAGAUCAGAUUUCAUGUAUGAGCGAUUAUGUUGAAGAGGGCUCAGAUGAAGAUAUCUUUGAACCGCCAUCAAAGCGUCCAAGGAAAGCGAGAAAACGUCGAGAAGACACAGAAUAUAAGGUGCUUAUUCAAGGCCCAAUUAUCCCCACAAGAAGAUCCACAAGAAGUACCGCAAGAAAUGCAGACUGAUUAAAUGUGCGACGGUGGCUUAUUCUCUUUUUUCAUUUCCCAACCCUCCUUUUUUUUUUUUUUUUUUCUUGCAAUAAAAGUUGUUGUAUACAUAAGCAUAAUGGUCAGUCUGGAGUGACAUGAAACAACAUGUCAAAUACUUACA